AGAACUUUUAUACUUUUUCGUGAUCGACGAUCACAUGUCUAGGGAAAUUUGUUAUUUGUGGUUGGAUAUUUGUUGAUGGAUUGAUGGUGAAGUACUCGUAAAUUUUAGUUUUAUUAGGAGCAGAAUAUAUAAAUAUUUUUUUUUGCCGUAUGACCAAGGUUAACUGAGUAUUAUGUCAGUUGAUCAGCUUGAAAACCAAAAUCCUAAUAUUUACAAAAGUAUCGAGGAAAGGCCUUGUACCCAAAAGGAAUUGGAUGAUUCAGUCGUUGACGAGUUUGACAGUAGAGAAAUAUUUGAUCUGAUUCGACACAUCAACGAUCCAGAACACCCACUAUCAUUGGAGCAGCUUCACGUCGUUCAAGAAGAUCUCAUUCGUAUAGACAAUGGCAACAAUACAGUGGACAUUUACUUCACUCCAACUAUACCUCACUGUAGCAUGGCCACACUCAUAGGUCUUUCCAUUAGAGUCCAGUUGUUGAGAUGCCUACCUGCGAGAUUCAAAGUUAAAGUCGAGGUGACUCCCGGUACUCACAAUGCCGAACAACAAGUGAAUAAACAGCUUGCUGACAAGGAAAGAGUAGCUGCUGCGUUGGAGAAUUCACAUUUGAUUAAAGUAAUAAAUCAGUGUAUCGCGUUGAGAAGAAGUGCUUGAACCUGCAACUAUGAGUUCUAACAGGGUGUACUCUGCAUCGCCUUGUGAUAUCUCUUCUGCAUAUAAUAAGUGUGCGAGAUACAUGCGAAAAAUUUUCAAGUUUGAUCAGAUGGAUUUUCAGUUCGCCCUGUGGCAAAUGUUAUAUUUGUUUAUCGCACCGCAAAAAUUGAUCAAAGUGUUUAGAGCUAGAAAACUUUCAAAAUCCCAGUACGCCCGUGAUGACCCUGCGUUUUUGGUACUCUUUGCUGGAGCACUCAGUAUCACCACUGUAGGAUUUUCCAUUGUGCUGAAACUAUCCUUCCUUCAAUUCGUUAAGUUUUUAUUUUUUGUUGUAUUCGUGGACUGUAUUGGAUUGGGACUUUUAGUUGCCACUUUAUUUUGGUACUUAACCAAUACUUUCUUGAAACCAAAAACUAAUCUACAGGACGUUGAGUGGGGUUUUUCAUUCGAUGUCCACCUUAAUGCUUUUUUUCCUCCGCUGAUAUUACUCCACUUCAUCCAGUUAUUUUUUUAUAAUGGAAUCAUAAGUCACGACUGGUUUUUGUCUAUUCUUUUGGGUAAUACUUUCUGGCUUUGCUCCUGUUUGUAUUACUUUUAUAUAACUUUUUUAGGGUAUAACGCUCUGCAGAUUCUGAAUAAUACGAGAUAUUUUUUGGUGCCUGUACCUUGGGUGGUUUUGUUGUAUUUGAUAAGUAUAUUUAUCAAAUUUAAUAUAUCCCAUAAUCUGAUGAGUUUCUAUAGGUAUAGAGUGUUGUAAUUUUAGCAAGCUAAUUUGUUUUGCAUGUUUAAUAUUAUGCCGAAAUAUUGAAGAAUAAUAAAAAAAA